AUGGCCGACGAAGACGUCAACCUCUACGACGAGAUCGAGAUCGAGGACUGCUUCUACGACGAGACGCUGCAGAUCUACCACCACCCGUGCCCGUGCGGCGACCGCUUCGAGAUCUCCAUCUACGACAUGCGCGAUGGCGAGGACAUUGCGCGCUGCCCGAGCUGCUCGUUGAUGAUCCGCAUUAUCUUUGACCAGUCGGACCUGCCCGCAGACAAGGACGAUGCGCCGAGCGCAGCGACAGCAGUUGCUGCGUAG